AUGUACUCAACUGUUUGCCAUGAGGAGGCCACAUUAUUGGCCCAGCAGAUCCAAGUACAGACGGGAGAGUUGGGCCAACGUCUAAAGGGUGAUGUGUACCUGGACUAUGCUGCUGCGGGACUCUACACCAACACGCAGAUAGAUGCGCACGCCGAAGAUCUAAAGGAACAACUCUAUGGCAACCCGCAUUCUCUGAGCUCGUCAGCACAACGCAGCUCUGAUUCAGUGGAAGCUGCCAGGGAGGCAGUUCUCGAAUUCUUGGGAGUUCCGAAAACUUCUUCAGAGCCCGUCUUCACCAGAUCUUGCACAGACUCGUUGCAUUUGAUUGCUGAUAUGUUCCCUUGGACCGCAAAUCGCUCGGAGUACAAAUACUUGCUACAGAAUCUUGGCGUUCCACAAUCACCGCUUCAGCCUCUACCCAGGAACCACAACUCUGUUCUUGGAAUCCGAGACGUUGCAAGAGAUGCUUCGGUUGAAGCAUCUGUCGUGGAAUCCGAGAAGGUGGACGAUUGGCUUGACAGGCUGGCCACUGAAAUUGACACAGAUGAUGGCCCUCUCUCACUGUUUGCAUAUCCAGCGGAAGAGAACUUUGCUGGCCAGAUCUUUCCUUUGAGAUGGAGUCAAAAGAUUGCAAGUCGACAAGGCAGGCUGAAGAACUGGCGCGUCCUGAUGGAUGCAGCCAAAUUUACAGCGAGUCAUCCACUGAAUCUUACUGAAGCUCAGCCAGAUUUUGUGACGCUCUCUUUCUACAAGCUCUUUGGAUACCCCACUGGGGUUGGGGCUCUGGUAAUUCGCUCAGCCACAGCUUCAGAACUGAAGAAGCACUACUGGGGAGGGGGGACUGUCUCCAUUGCUGGAGCAGGGCGUACUGCCAGCGAUGAUGUGAAAGUGUUCAAGGGGAGAAUCGCAGAGAAAUUUGAGGAUGGCACUGUGGCCUUCCUCGGUAUUGCUGCCUUGAAGCAUGGCUUCACUGCACUGGAAAAGGUGGGUGGUAUGGUGGCCAUCGAGAAGCACACAAGUUCUCUGGCCAGCGAGCUGCAUCACUUGCUUUUGGAUCUCAAGCACUCGAACGGCGAGCAGGUCAUCGCCAUGUACAGCCGUGACCGUGGACUUGAUGAUGGGAGACUUGUCCAGGGGCCUGUUGUCACUUUCAACAUCUUGGAAACCGAUGGCACUUUGAUCAGCCACAUAGAAGUGAUGGCAGAUGCAGCCAAGGUCACUUGUAAUCUCAACAAGCACUGCAAAGUACACUGUACACUGAGUGCUUCUGCGAAUUGGUUGCCUUUCAUUUGCAUACCUGCACCCAAAAGGCCGGGAUCCAUCUGA